GGGAAUUAUGGGUAUUUUGGAAAUAUGAUUAUGGUUUUCAAACUUAACAAGUAAAACCUACCUAUGUAGAUAUAGUUUCAAAAAAAAAGUCAAGUUAACACGCUGACAAACAGUACUAUUACAGCAGUUAUGUACAGAUGAAAAGAGCUCAAAAUUUGAAAUAUAAGCAUCCAUGAGCCUAAAGAUCACUAUUAAAAUCUGAGGUCAUCAGGCUGAUAAGUUUUAGCGAUAUACCAAAAAAGUACAAACGUAAUUUAUUCGUACUAUAUUACCGAUUUUAGUAAGUGCUGUUUGCUUCAUCAUGACGACUAAAAAAGUGUUGGAUUUGAGAUACAAUGAAAUGUGGAAGGCAUGGAAUAACACUGCCGAAGAAGAGGAUGAUAAUUCUUCCCCAUUAUUUAAACGGGAUUUGGUACUGUCAUGGAAACAAUUAAGUGUAACAGUCAUAAAAAAAAUUCCUAAACUGAUUGGUAGUAGUGAGGUUGUAACAAAGCAAAUUUUGAACAAUGUUAGUGGUAAUGUUGAAUGUGGCACUCUUUUGGGAAUUAUGGGUCCGAGUGGUUCGGGAAAGACUACACUAAUGUCUACAAUAAGUCAUCGAACAAAAGGAAAUUUUAAUGGAGAACUUUUAUUAAAUGGACGUUCAGUAUCCGAAGAUAUCAUGAUUAAAAUAUCUGGUUUUGUUGCUCAGGAAGAUGUAAGUUUUGUCCAAUUAACUGUUUUGGAAGAACUUAAGUUAAUGGCUAGAUUAAAAAUGGACCGAGCCGCAACUGACAAAGUAAUCAAGGAACGCAUAAAUUAUCUUUCAGCCGACUUAGGUUUGAAUAAAAUUCUUAACUCGCGGUUGUGUUAUCUAUCUGGCGGAGAACGAAAAAAAGUAGCUCUGGCCGUUCAACUUAUAAAUGAUCCACCAAUUCUAUUUUGUGAUGAAAUAACUACUGGAUUAGAUAGUUACUCUGCUGCACAUAUAGUAAACACAUUAAGAAGAGUAGCACAAAGUGGAAAAAUUGUCAUAUGCACCAUACAUCAGCCUGCAUCUGGAUUGUUUGAUCAAUUUCAAGAAGUCAUACUUUUAACUAAUGGUCGGUUAGCUUAUCAAGGAUCAGUGUCAUUAGUCAAUAAUUUUUUCCAAAAGUAUGGUUAUAUUUGUCCUGCUACAUAUAACAAAGCUGAUUUUAUUAUAUCAGUUUUGAAUUCAGAUGGAGUGUUGGAUAGAAAUAAUGUCAAUAACAUGUGUGAACUUUCUUCAAAUGUAGCACAAAUGGACAUUAAAUUUAAUUCAUUCAAUAAGGAUGUUCAGUCAGAAUAUGGACAUCAUUUACAAACACAAAAGCUUAGCUGGAUAACUCAAUUGUUGCUUCUGCUGUAUAGAUCAAUCACAUGUUUCAUAAGAAAUUACAAAGAAAAGUUAUUAGAGUUUGGAACAUUAAUGUUUUUAGGUAUCAUUACUUCUAGUCCUUAUGCAAACUUACAAUUUGAUACAAAAGCAGUUCAAAAUUGGCAAGGAUUUUGGUUAUGCUUAGUUAUUAACACAGUGUUCCAGUUCAGUUAUUCAGCCAUCGCCACACAUCAAAUUAAAUUUUCAGUUGCCCAUCGAGAAGUCAGCAAUAAAAUAUAUUCCUUAAGUGCAUACUAUGUGUCUGAAUUAAUAAUAUUAUAUAUUUGGGCAUUUGUAAAGACAAUAGUCUUCUGCAUUGUUGUGUUUUGGAUUGUUGGUGUCAAUUGGGUUUAUAUGCAAUUAUUUGUAUUCAUGAUAGUCACAUUUGCAUCUGUUUCAUAUGGAAGUUUGUUGUCAGCGUACUUUAGUUGUGUAGAGGAAGCUGUUGUAUUUUCAACAGUUUAUGAGUACUUAGCAUUGCCUCUUAGUGGUGCUUAUCUAUCAUUCAGGUCAUUACCAAAAGUGUUGUACUCAUUAAGAUAUCUGUCAUUAUUUUUCCUUGGUUGUGAAACAGUGUCUACUCUAUUUUGGGAGAGAAUUACAUCAUUACCAUGUACUGAUGUUGCUAAUUGUUUGGACAACGGCAAAGCAGUUUUAAAUAAAUACGGUUUUAUAAGCAGUGAUUUGUAUUUUGACAUAAUGACAAUGCUUACAUUUUGUUUGUUAGCAAACAUAUGUGGUUAUUUCGGUGUACUUAAGCGAAUGAAAAAACAACCAGCUUAUUGAAAUAAUAUAUUAUUUUAUAAGUAUUUUCGAGAAUAAGAAUAGAGAUGUAAUGAAGAACAAUUUAAGCAUCAUUGCCUUGAAUCAUUUGUACCGGGCGUUGGAGUUGGCUAGAUACCAUCAAGACUUCGGGUCCACUAACAUUUUAUCCACCGAUAACCGGUGUUACAGUUAACCAGUCAACCAGCUACAUUUGGAGCUGCAUCGACGGUCACUUAUCAUAAGUCAUCAGUGCCGAAAACUCUGGAUUCAUAUUUUGAUACCAUUCUCUCUUGAAGCAUCACCGCUGUUUUCGAUGGCACAGGGUAAACCAAAACUUAUAAAGGAUUCGGACUCGCAGUAACCGUAGACAAAGUGUAUUACUGGAUCCCGAUAACAACGGAGAUUUUAAAGUCCGUUGUCUUUAAGCCAACUGGUGAGAGGAAGCCCAACGAAUAUAUAUUUUCUUCUAAAUAAUUUUAAGGCGAAUUACAAGAAAUUAGCGUGCAGAGUAAACAUGACGUUCACUUAACACGUCAUAUUAUUAGCAUAUUAUCCUAACAGCUUUCAUAUUCGAUUGUUUAUUUAUGCAAAAAAUAAAUAUUUUUACGCAUCUGAUAAUACUAUUAAAGCGUAUCGAUAUCCUCCUCAAUGUUUUUGUCGUUUUUAAAUUAAUAACUAUCGACGAGGAGGGAGCAGUGGCGUAUAUAGGGAAGGAUAGGGGUUUAAACCCCGCUCGAAAUGUAUGGUUGGUACGGGCAUUGAUUUUGAUUGUAUAAUUAAUUGGAAUUUAAGAACGGAAAUUUGUUUUAACCCCCUCCCCCCCUGAAAUUAAUUUUUAUAUACAUCACUGUGAGGGUUGACAAUAGAUAUUUAAUUAUUUAUUUAUAGUUAAUUAAUCAUCGGCCAUUCGGGCAAAGAGAUUACAUAAAAUAAUACAAAAUU